UUUGGGUUACCCUCUAGGGUCAGGUACUUUGGACGGCACGGGAUGGAAUAUGCAACAAGGAGGGAAUGGAAUCAUGACAUGACGGAGUUUUACGCGUUUUGGGUUGCAUUUGGACCAAUAUUCAUCAUGUAUUUAACCAAGACACUAUUACAAACACACCAAGGAAUGACCAUAAAUACAAGAAACAAAUACAAUAACUUGAUGCAUCAUUAGUGAGGGGCAGA